AUGUACAACCCAAGCAAGCGUACUAUCAAAAGAAGACAGAGAACAGCUGUACCUCAGUUCUUACUGGAUUACUUUUCUGAAGAUGUUCCAAUAAGUGGUUUGAAUUAUAUUCCCACUGAAAACCCAUCUGUUCCUGAGGUGGAAUUUAGUAGUUCUCGCCUAAAGUAUACAUAUACGCACAAGAAGAGAGCAAGAACCAUGGCUAUAGCCCCAGUAGAAAUGCCUUCCAAGAACAUUGCUGCUUCUCAGACUGACUUGAAUGUCGAAAUUGAUUUCGAUACAUAUGAAGCCAGUCAGACCCAGAAAAUAAGCCUCUACAACAAGUGGGUAGAUUUGCUUCCCCAGUUAGCUGGUUCCUUUCAACGUUACCUUGGAAGAUGCAAGGAUGGCUGUCUGAAUAAGAAGGCUAUUGCUCCUUUGUCUCAUUUCCUUUGUUCUUGCACAAAGUUCUCUAAGAAAAACAUCUACAUGUUUUUUUUGCAUUCCUCAGAAACAUUUGAGGUUGUUUUUUGCGGAUGCAAGUCCAUUUCCGAGCAGUUGGAAUAUGUUCUUAGAUGUAAUAAAUCCAACAACCAAGUGUCUGGAUCACCACAGGUUGAGAUGGGUAUGCUCCCUGCUUCCCUCAACAAUGUCCAAUAUGCAAUUCAUUUCGGACUUCUUGAGUUUAUGAGAGACAUGCAAGAUGUUCUUGCCAUCUCUGGCCAGGGCUUGGCCGAUCUGUACAAUAAGAUCAAUCUGGGUGCUGAGAGACAGAUCUCAAAGGUAUAUUGCCAAAAUCUUCUGCAUGUCUUCAUCAGGCUUACAAUAAUUAUUGAGGCUAAGGUAGAGAAGCUUUCGUUUGGAUUUCAGGAAUCCAACUGUUGCCCUGCUUGUCCAGAUGUUGACAGCAAUGUGACCAUUGACGACUAUCAAUAUGUUGCCAUGGAUGGCAAUUUUAGUCUGAAGUGUGAGAGGAGAAAAGAUGUAGAGGGUGAUGUUGGCGAAAAGUUGGAGCAAGUAGGUCGGUUUGACAGCAACUUCCAUGCUAGCUCUAGUGGUUUGGCAAACACUGGAGAAAUGACCCUGAAUACCCUUGUGUGA